AUGCCUCUCUUCAACCGCUCAAAGAAGCGUAGUGACUCCUCUGACAAUGGCCAGGAUCAGAAUGGAGGGAGUCAGAAGGAGAAAGGAAGCUGGAGGAAACCAGCAAAUACUGCGUUCAAACAACAGCGUCUCAAGGCGUGGCAGCCUAUCUUGACGCCAAAAACUGUUCUCCCAACCCUGUUCAUUAUUGGGAUUAUCUUUGCACCGAUAGGCGGCUUGUUGGUGUGGGGUAGCAGUCUUGUGUCGGAAAUGACAUUCGACUAUACGACUUGCUGGAAUCAGUCAAGUUCGACGUCGCCCACCAACCUCACCUUCACGAACAUGCCUUACACAUAUAACCUACGAUCAUCAGACUCGGACAAAACAAUCACAACUCCUCAAUUCGCUUACUACUAUAAUGACACAGUACCGGAGGCCCAGAAGCAUUCAUGCUACAUCAAUUUCCACGUCGUAUCCGACCUGGCUGCCCCAGUAUUCCAGUAUUACAAACUCACGAACUUCUACCAGAACAACCGUCGGUAUGUUCAGAGUUUGGAUACGUCUCAAUUGCAGGGCGACUAUGUCUCUGCGGAUUCUCUCGGUGGCGGUAAUUGCAAUCCUCUUGGCUCCACUGCAGACAACAAGGCUAUCUACCCCUGCGGAUUGAUUGCUAACUCUGUUUUUAAUGACACUUUCUCUGGCCUUACGCAUAUAAAUGACACGUCAGGCAAUUCCUACUACAAUUUCACAGAUUCUGGCAUCGCCUGGCCUGGCGAGGCUAAGAAAUACAGCGCAACGUCAGGUUACGCCGAUCACAUGGAUGAAGUCGUACCUCCUCCGAACUGGGUGCUGCGCUACCCAAGCUACCCCAACGUUAGUUCCAUACCAAACCUGCAAGAGGACGAGCACUUCCAAAACUGGAUGCGGACGUCAGGUUUGCCGACGUUUAGUAAGCUUUAUGGGCGCAACGAUACUGCCACCCUACCUGCGGGCCAAUAUCAAGUCCUUGUCUACAUGAAUUAUCCGGUUCAGGGCUACAAGGGAACGAAAUCUCUUGUUAUUUCUACGGUGUCUUGGAUAGGUGGGAAGAACCCGUUCUUGGGUUGGGCUUAUGUUGCAGCAUCGUGUGUCUUUGUGUUCCUCGCAUUGGCGGGCACUAUCAGACACCUUCUCAAGCCGAGACGUUUGGGAGAUAUGACAUUGCUAUCUUGGAACCAAUAG